GACUGCUACCUUUGCUCCCGGUAUAUUUCAGCAUGGCCAGAGUCGGAAAACUCAUCUCCGCCAUCGAGCUGGACUCCAGCCGGGAUUCGCGGUGGUCCAAUGAAGAUCUGCUACCCACUCCCCCCGAGCAGUGCACCUGGCGGUGGUGGAACUAUGUCUCCUUCUACUGGUCCAUCUCCUUCACCAACUGGACUUUGGGAUCGGUAUGUCUCCGCACGAGGAAAAACAACCAGGGUGGGAGUCGGGCUGAUCGUGGAUAGAGCAUGAUUGGAAUUGGCCUUAACUGGUGGCAAUCCAUCAUCGUGAUUUUCGUCUCGCAAAUGAUCUCCUCCAUCGCCAUGGCGUUCAACUCGCGCGCCGCCAGCAUCUACCACAUUGGAUUUCCCUGCGUCGGACGCAGUGUGUUUGGCAUGUGGGGGAGUUUCUACUUUGUCGGGGCACGUGCCAUCCUUGCGAUUGUCUGGUAUGCGGUGCAGU